AUGCAAAUCAAACAAAUCAUUUCAUUAGGUGCUUUAGCUAUUUCAACUCAAGCUGCUGUCAUAAAUCAUGAAGUCGUUAAUGAUAAAAGAACCGACACAGUCACUGUAGCUGCUGAUAUUCCAGGUGUUCUUGAUUUAGGUGUUGGUGUUGGAGCUGAUGUUUCUUUAAAAACAAGAGAAGCUAAUGAAAAAAGAUUAAUUGAUUUAUCAGCUGAAGUUGUUGCUCAAAUAGCUGACUUAUUAGGAUUAGAUGUUGGUUUGAAUGUUACUGCAAAAAGAGAAAUUGAUGAACAAAAAAGAUUAUUAGAUUUAUCAGCUGAAGUUGCAGCUCAAAUUGCUGACUUAUUAGGAUUAGAUGUUGGUUUGAAUGUUACUGCUAAAAGAGAUGACACUGUUGUUGCUGAUAUUGGUGCUGAUGUCUUAGGAUUAAUUGAUUUAGGUGUAGGUGUUGAUGCUGAUAUUGCUUUAAAAAAAAGAGAAGCUAAUGAAAAAAGAUUAAUUGAUUUAUCUGCUGAAGUUGCAGCUCAAAUUGCUGACUUAUUAGGAUUGGAUGUUGGAUUAAAUGUUACAGCUAAAAGAGAUGACACUGUUGUUGCUGAUAUUGGUGCUGAUGUCUUAGGAUUAAUUGAUUUAGGCGUUGGUGUUGAUGCUGAUAUUGCAUUAAAAAGAAGAUCAGAAAAUGCUUCAAUUAUUGAAAAAAGAUUAAUUUCAUUAUCAGCUGAUGUUGUUGCUCAAAUUGCUGGUUUAUUAGGUUUAGAUGUUGGUGUUGAUGUAAAUGCUAAAAGAGAUGAUAAAAUAGCUGCUACUGUUGCUGCUGAUAUUGCUCAUCUUAUUGACUUAGGAGUUGGUGUUGGUGCUGAUAUCAAUUUAAAAAGAGAUAUUUCAGUAUCUGCUGAAGUUAUUGCUAAAAUUGCUAAAUUAUUAGGUUUAGAUGUUGGUGUUGAUGCUGAUGUUGCUCUUUAA